UUUUGAACCCCGUGUACCGGCUCAACACACUCACUCCCCCACAGCAGCCGGACUCGUCUUGUGGCAUCGGAGGAGAGAGACAGAGGAAGUGAGGAUGAAGGUGUCGCUCCUGUGUCUUUGCGUCCUCGUGCAUGUGUGCCUGGUCCACGCCGGACUGUUCGGCCGCGACGAGCUGCAACAAACCGCAUCCAGCACUAAGACCAAGACCUCCCAGAGCACAGGGUCUUCGAACCACGUCAGACAGAGGCCGCUGUUCGCGAGGAGGGGGCAGUAUGAACGGCAGAGUGUGCCGAAACGCAAAGCGGGUCACAAUUCUCAACAUGGCCGUCCUCCUCCAUCCAAAGGGGUACCCAGACCUGUGAAGCCCAUCAUGUGCGCUCAGCUCGGACAAAGCUGCCUACCCCAGUCUGGCUGCUGUGUGAGACACCACAUUUGCCACUGCCGCUUCUUCAACACCAUCUGCUUCUGCCGGAGAAAACACUCGGUGAAGAAAACAUAAAACCGAGCGGCGGGCAGCAGUGAUCGGGGUCUGGGCAGAUUGGGAGCGUUUUGGAUGCUUUGCUGACAUAAGGAAGAGGCAGCUGUGGAACCCUCUAGCAGACUGCUUAUCAUUGAGUUACUGGUAAAGUCAGUGUUAGGUGCAUCUACAGAAUGCAUGAGCUAAAAAUAUGAAUGUGCGUAAUUCCAGCUUUUGGGCCACAGGAGUGAAACUUAUAGUUUAAAAACUUAAGGGUAGAGGUAUAGUUGUAGCACAGUUUGAUGUACAUAGUGGAGCUGAAUAAUCUGUGUUUCCUUAUUGUAUGUUAUGAAUGUAUUCAAUAAUAUGUGAUCAUUUGAAAUUAAGUCUUGUCUUAAAUAUUUAACAAAUGAAUUGAUAUGCAUGUACAUGUAUCUGUAUUUAUUCUUAUUUUGGGUCCUGAUGUUUUAAAAAGAAGAUGUAAUUGUGGGUUUAAAUGAAGUGUAUUAUUUAAAGGUGCAGUGUGUAGGAUUCAGGGUGGAUCUAUUGGCAGAAAUUGAAUAUAUUUUAAUAAUUAUACUUUCAUCAGAUUGUACAACCACAU